GCGCCCAGCGAGGACAUCUGGAAGAAGUUCGAGCUGGUCCCCACGCCCCCUCUCUCCCCUCUGGGUACCCCCGGGGAGAAAGGCUGCUGCUCGGGGGCGGAGGAGCGCUCCGGCUGCCUCUCCCGCUACUGCCUGGCCGGGGAAGAGCCGGAGUAUCUCAUCGGGACGGGGGAGAUCUUCGGGAACCUGAGCGCUUUCAUCCUCAAGGAUUGUAUGUGGAGCGGGUUUUCAGCCCGGGAGAGACUGGAGAAAGCGAUGACAGAGAAACUUUCCACGGGCACCCAGAGGGCCACCCCCUACAAACCCUCCUUCGCCCAGGAUUUUGGCCGGGAUGACUCGGCUGCCGUGGAAGCGCUGACGACGUCCGUUUCCCCCCUCCCCACACUCCCCGGUGCUUUGACCCCGGUAAUAAAUCUGCCGGUGGCAGCGACCUGCGCCGAAGGUGAGGAGAUUGACGUGGUGACGGUGGAGAAGAGACAAUCACUCAGCCUGAGGAAGCCAGGGGGUGGGGGGGAGCCACUGAGCCCCGCUGAGUCGGCCCCUGCCAUCACGCUGCCUGAGCCUGGCUUGCCAAAAGCCGGCAGCAGCCCCGGCUCCGACAGCGAGGAUGUGGCCAAGAGGAAAAACCACAAUUACCUGGAGCGCAAACGACGCAACGACCUGCGCUCACGCUUCCUGGCCCUGCGGGACCAGGUGCCCGGGCUCGCCAGCUGCCCCAAGACGCCCAAAGUGGUGAUCCUGAGCAAAUCCUCCGAGUACCUGCAGUCUCUCAUCAGUGCCGAGAGGAGGAUGGCAGCCGAGAAGCGGCAGCUACGGCUGCGGCAGACCCAGUUGCUCAAACGGAUUGCUCACCUCAAGGGUCACUAG